AUGACCUGGAACAAAAAGAAGAUAUUGUUGGAAGUGCACAAGUAUCUAGUUCAAGUUCAAGAAAAGAGUGAAAGAGAAAAUCUCGUUGUUUGCUAUUCUUCACAAGAUUGGAUGUGGGUGCGGAUGGAGAACAACAUGCAGUGUGCAAUAAGUGUGGAGUCGACUAUAAGUGUGAUCCUCUUACGGGGACUACUAGUAUGUUACGUCAUCAUGACAUUUGUUACACUUCAGAUAAUGUGGCUUCUCCUCGCUCUGCUACACUAUAAAUUGGAUUUUGUACAGUGGGCCUACAAGAAGCUUUAUGGCGAAGAGUCUGAGGAAUUUAAGGAAUUCAAGGACACAUUAGUUUUCCUAUUUGAUGUAUAUAUGGAGAGGUGGUCUAAUCUCGAUGAUACUUUAAGGAGUGAGAGUUGCUCUCAAACUGAAGAUGAAGAGAAUGAUUUUGAUGCCUCUUACAAGAAUCGGUCAAGUUCGAGUAUGAAAACUGAACUUGACAAGUAUCUUGAUGAUGAAAGGUUGGAUAGAAGAAUGGAGUUAGAUGUUCUUUCUUGGUGGAGGAUGGAGCAAUUUCGGUAUCCCAUACUUUUCCGCUUAGCUAGUGAUGUGCUCACGAUUCUUGUGUCUACUGUUGCAUCUGAAUCUGCAUUCAGUAUUGCCGGUAGAGUACUGGAUCAAUAUCGUAGCUUAUUAUUGCCUGAAACCGUCCAAGCCUUGCUAUGUACUAGAGAUUGGUUGUUUGGUAAGAAAGAUGGAGACCAAGUUGAUGCAGAUGAACUCACUGAAGAUGUGUUGGACUUAACAAUGGACCAACAAAGCCAAACGAAUUGA